CGCCCUUUCGACGGAGCAUGUCUCGACAUAGGAAGACGACCUGUCCGCUACGAUUCGUGAUUGUAGGCGGCUCUAUCGCUGGUUUGGGCACCGCGUAUGCCCUGAAGCGUGCCGGGCACGAUGUCGUCGUGCUCGAACAGGGAGACGGCACUGCAUCCAGUACGGGCUGUAUGCGCUCGCCGCCCAACGCCACACGAAUCCUCAACGACUGGGGCAUCGGCGAUUGUCUGACGGAAGAAGGGGUUGUAUCGGGAGGCAUCCUCUUCAAGGCCGGCGAAACCGGAGAAGUCAUCGGGCACAUCAGAUUUGUUCCGCGGAUAAUUAAGGACUUCGGUGCCAACUUCUGCUACCUACGCCACAACACGUUGACGGAGCGGUUACGCGAGUUGGCGGUCAACUCCGGGUGCACGAUACGGUACAACUGCAAGGUCGUGAAAGUCGAUGCCGUCGAGGGUUCGGUUCGUCUGGAGAGCGGAGAGGUGGUUUCGGGAAAUAUCGUCGUCGGCGCGGAUGGGAAGGGCAGCAGAGUGCGCGACGUGAUAAUCGGGAGGCCGUUGCACACGCGUAGGGCACGCCAUGCCUGCUUCAACUUAGCUGCGCCCGCAGACCAAAUGAGGCUAGACCCCGAUCUGGCGCCCAUAGCGGACACGCACGAAUGGUCGGUGUGGAUGGCAGACAACUGCGUAUUACAGGGAUGCCCUUUACCGGCGAAGAACGAAUAUGCUAUGUUGCUCCGUAUGAAGGGCGAUGACAUACCCCGUGGAGAACACUGGGACCACACUUUUCCGGUGAAUCAGCCAGGAUUCGAUUACAGCUGCUUCGAACCGAGGGUUCAAAGGAUGAUAAAAAUGGCCAAAGUGAUGACGCCAACUGACCAUUCCGUUCGCGAAACAUUCGACACAUGGUUCCACGAGUCCGCCAAGGUGGUGUUGGUGGGCGAAGCGGCCCAUCCCUUUGCGCCCAGCGCGCAUCACAACUUCGGCGCGGCACUGGAAGACGCCGUCACGCUCGGCAACCUGUUUUCUCGCCUGAGCUCACCGCAGCAGAUCCCGGCGAUGCUCUCGGCGUAUGAGGACAUCCGGCAGCCACGCUGUGCCAUGCUCGCCGAGACCGAGAAGCAUACCAUCCACUUCGUCACGAUGGCCAAUGGGCCCGAGCGCGAAAAGAGGGACGCUGGGUUGCGCAGCGCGCUCGCGGCAGCGAAGGAGGAUUGGGACGAUGCAGAGGAGGUGCUCCUGCAGAAGACGUGGGGCGAGUUCAUCCGCCCGUUCGACCACAACGCGGAGGAGGCUGCCGACAACUGGUGGCAUACGUGGGGAGCGUCGGUGGAGGGCCUGGACAGCAAGGGCGCGAGCGCGCAUGCGGAUGCCCGACAACACGAGCUUGCGCAGUCGCCUAUCUCGCGCACAAUACGGGUGGAGAUGACAAGAGCUUGACGGCAUAAAAGCCCGUUGAAGACUUGCUUUGAGUAAUCAAUGGCGCUCGCAAGAGCGCUGUCGGGGUCCGCGUCGCGACCCUAGGAACGUCGGCCAGGAAGCGGACAAGACGACGCCGCGGGAAGCUCGCCGGUACUGCAGAUUGACGAGCGCCUCCGGGAAGAAUAAACCGAACGCAAGAAAGGAGACUCAUGUAUACCCCGCGUCGCAUUGCAUCGCUGUAUUCAUUCGGUGCGAUAUUCCAUUUCGUGACGCGCCUUCGAAUUCUGCACAGACACCGCACUCUACUUUAUGACCCGUUUGUACUUUUGCUCGCUAUCGCCGGAUGGUAAUUACAUUGCCCAUGA